GUUGGCAGCGCAAUGGUUACGCUGCGUGCGUCUCAAGGGCAAAAAGAAGCGAGGAAACCGAUCACAGCAAGAAAUGAAGGUCUACCUUUCCAGACCUGCCUGUAUCUCCGCUCCGACAGCUCUGCUGUAGUCACGCUGUCUGCCACAGCAGCCGAGGAUGUUAUUCUAGGUUUAUUUAUAAGGGGAGUGGAAAAAAAAAACGGGAAGAUGCGCCUGGAGGGGAAACGUCACAUUUUCAGUAGGAGCGACGGUGUGGUGAGACUGUGACCGAGCCGGGGAGAGGAAUAUGCGGCACAUACCCUCUGCACGUCGGGCCAGGGCGUCGGAUCUUUUCCGGAUUAACGUCCUAUAGCUGGAUGAUGCGAUUUCUUUCUUCAGACACACAGGAUUUGAUGAUCGCACCACGUUUAAGCGGGAAUCUGUAGCCUGUGUGAUCCCCCAGUCACGCCACCCCGGACCCCCCGGACCGGUUUUAUGGGAGCCGAACCAAGAGGCGGACUGUGCUCAUAAUCACUGCAGGAAAGCAUCACUUUAAAGUUCUUUCAAGUUUCUGGAAAAAGGAUCAGGAUUUGGCUGCUUUGGUGCCACAUUUAACAUUAUAAGAAAGCCACAGUUUGUGCAGGGAGGGUCAUUUCACUCUACAGUGUCUCACUAAUAGAGGAUUUAACUGUCAUAGAGUUUAUAUAGAGAACGGAGUCCUAAAUCAUUCGAGCUAAAAUGCGGCACAAUAAAGUUAUUGUUACGACCCUGAUGAUGCCACCCUGGGAGUCCUUUCAGGGAAGGGAGACUGGAGAGUGAAAGCGGGAUAUCUGCGCCUUUAAUCGGACACGGAGGCGACGCAAGGAGGACAAGCCAGCUUCUUUUUUUGGAUUGGUCCAAAAAAUAUUUUUUGCGUGCCCCUUGGACUCCUGCACAAUGGGGAUUAUGCUACAAGUUAUUCUAGGAAUGUUUCAAUUCCUGCUGCUCACCAGAAUACCGACUUCUCACGCCAAGCUUGCUCACUGGCGCCCUGCCGACUCCCCCAAAUCCAGAGAAGGUCGAGAAGUGCGACGGUGGUUGGAGGUGUACUCGCGGAGCGGCUGCGAGCCUCGAGACACUCUGGUAGAGGUUUGGCGGGAGUUUCCGGGUGAGACCCACAGCCUCUUCAUCCCGUCUUGCGUGUCGGUGAGGCGAUGUGGCGGCUGCUGUGCUGACGAGGCUUUCGAGUGUGUACCCACGCUCACACACACAGUUACCAUGGAGCUGAUGAGGACGUCCUUUAUGAAGCACGAGCUCACUGAGCUGCCCUUCAUCGAGCACAGCCAAUGUGAUUGCAGGUUAAAGGAACACCUCCAGCCUACACCUACAUCAAGGGCCUUUCUGAAGCCAGCAAGAAAAGGCAAGAAAAAGGAGAGAGGGAGGAAGUCCCAACAGAAGACAACUGGAGCUACCAGAGCUGCAAUCCAUGCUCCUCCAGUUCCUUCUGCCACAUCUUCUCCUCCACCACCAUCACUGCUUCCCACCAAUAUCGCUCCCUCCACCAUUUCCUUCCCAUCCCCCUCUCCUUCUCCUUCUCCUUCUCCUUCUCCUUCUCCUUCUCCUUCCCCCUCUCCUACGACCCGUUGUCGCCCAUGCCGACGGAGGAAGUGGGCCUUGGAUGCGACGACAUGCCAGUGCCGCUGCACCGUCACAGCUGAAACCUGCAGCCAAAAAGGCCGAAAGCUCAACCCUCGUCGCUGCAAGUGUGAAGCCAUGAGGACUUGAUGUGUCCGCCCACAUUCUUUUCGCCUCCAUCUCUCCACCAAAUCCCUGUCGAUUCAUCGCCCACCCUCAGCAUCAGUGCCAUAGACCAUACAGACACUUGGAAAGGCGGCGUCUCAAACCGAGGGGAAGCACACAGAAGAACCUGCAGCAGAGCUCCAGUAAAGCAACAAGUUCAUCAUCACUGCAUACAUCUGCUGUGUGCAAACAUCUUUCCGCCUCCGUGCUUCUGUGGGAAAGAUUCUAUCAGUCUGCAUGUACAUGGCGUGUGCUGACACGUAGCGUCGCAAAACACAUCCAAUCAUUGGAGGAUGGAAGUGGCAACUUUGAGAGGCAUGGGAAUAGACACACAAAAUCUUUCUCGGUGUACACAAGCCUGCAGGGGAGGCCAGACUCCGGGAAGUUCCUUUCACCUGCAAUUAAACUUGUAAACACAAGAGAACAGUGGAAAUGAGAGCGAUUAUACUCCAUGAGAACAACGCGGAUGCAGAGGAGGAGUCUUACACAGGUGUCCUCUCAAGGAAACUGCACAUGACGGAUUCCAGGGUUAGGUCGAGGCCAGUAUUUUGCAGAGGAUUAAGGAAACAACAGCAACAGAUUACUGAUGGGCACAUACACACAUACAACAGACAUACAAGAGUGACAUAGGACAUGCACAUGAACUGGCACCCCAGUGUGCGUGGACCUAUAGUUUAGCUGAAUGCUGGGAUGGAGUAUAUCUGUGUGGUCUCCCCAGUGAAAGACCCAGAUGGGUUAACCGUGCAGCCGCGCUCCCUUUUAUUCAAAGCUGGCUCUCCAAGCCGCUUUCCAGCAUUUGUUUAAUUUCGGCCUUUUGUCUCCGUCUUUCCUCGGUUCCUCGAUUGAAAGGAGCCGCAUCGCCUCUCUUUGCCUCUCUUUGAGGCAGUGAGGAGAAUGACAAUAAUGAGGCCUGGCGGCUGUCCACUGCUUCGCACACACACACACACACACACACACACACACACACACACACACACACACACACAGAUUCACAC